CUCCUCCUCACUGUGGAGCACUGCCCUUGCCUGGGAUUCCAGCAGCAAUGGCAGCCCAGGAUCAUGGCCUCGGCUCCUGCUUUAGCCAGCCAAGGAUCAGCUAUGCGACUGAAAACCAAGAUCAGGCAAAUUCCCAACUGAGAAUUGUCUUACUGGGUAAAACUGGAGCAGGAAAAAGUGCAACCGGGAACAGCAUCCUUGGAGAGAAAGCCUUUUACUCUGGCAUUGCAGCAAAAUCUAUUACCAAGGUCUGUGAGCAGAGGAGAAGCACAUGGGGCAGGAGAGAGCUUGUUGUCGUCGAUACACCUGGUGUAUUUGACACUGAGGUACGAGAUGCUGACACACGCAAGGAGAUCGCUCGUUGUGUCGCCCUGACCUCCCCAGGGCCUCAUGCUCUGCUCCUUGUGGUCCCACUAGGCCGUUACACUGUAGAGGACCAUAAGGCCACAGAGAAGAUCCUGAAAAUAUUUGGAGACAGAGCUAGAAGAUUCAUGAUUGUCUUAUUCACCAGGAAAGACGACUUGGAUGGCACUGAUUUCCACGAGUACUUACAGGAGGCUCCAAAAGUCAUUCGGGAGUUGUUGGCCACGUUUGGUGAUCGUUACUGUGUCUUCAACAACAAGGCAACAGGAGCCGAGCAGGAGGCCCAGAGGACACAGCUGCUGACCCUGGCCCAGGACGUGGUGAGGGGGAACGGUGGAGGCUGUUAUACCAACAAGAUGUAUGAGAUGGCGGAGGAAGUGAUUCAGAAAGAAACCCGUGAUUUGCAAGAACGUUACAGAGCAGAGAUGGAGAGAGAGAAGGCACGGAUAAGAAAGGAAUAUGAGGAGGAAAUUAAAAACCUGAAGGAUCAGCUGGAGAGGGAAAAGAGAAAGUCACUUAUGGAAAGGGAAUUCUCACGAAGUGAAGCUGUUUAUGCAGAGAAACAGCAGAGUGCCAGGAGGUAUGCUCAGAAUCAAAAUAAGAUACUUGAGUUAAUCUUAAAAGCAUGGGAUUUUGUUUCUCUUCUCUUUGACCAGUUUAUGCAAGAUUAGACCUAGUGAAGGACUUAUCUAUACACUCUGAAUUUUUCUGAUAACCCUGCCUACUCCUCAAAGUAUAAUGCUUUGCUUAACAUCUUUUAGGACUACAGAUUGUAGUGAAAUUCACAUUGGCAACUGGUCGAUGUUUGAUAGAUUUGUCCAGAGACUGACAAAUUCACACUUUGUGAAAUCCAACAGGAAGUGUUAACACUUCUACAACUGUUUUCUUCCUUGGAGACACAGAGAAGGUCACUCGGGAGACCCCAGAAGCUGGCUCUAAGAUGGAUCUGGUAGUUCUCCCCUAGUCAGCUGGCAGAUAGACCGCCCACAGUUUCUACUCACUUAUAGUUGCUUUGAGAAUAAGAGUCACCUGUGUUUUAUUAGAAAGCUCAGUUCUUUCCAUGAGGUAAUCUUUAGAUAGAAGUAGAUGACUGUUCAAUUCUCAAUGAACGUCAGUUUGCUUAAUUACAUUUUCACAGGACUUAAGUUUUCCUGUCUGAAAAGCAAAUCUUAUAACUCAACUAAGGAUGUGAGAGAAACUCAACAAUCUCAACAGGCAACGCAAACAUUUUUGGUGCAUACAGGUGUGUCCAACCCUAUAACCAGUUUGGUUAACAGUCAGUUCUUUCCUUUCUUAAGACAUGACCUGAUUGCUCUACUCUACCCCAGUCACCCUACACUCUCCACACUUCCUGCCUCUGCCCCCACUCCAU